AUGCUAAACGCCACCUCAGCCAACUCGAAGGACAACCUUACUGUCUUCUUUAUCGAUUUGGUUAGGAAAGAGUACUGCUAUACACCCGGUGAGAAAAUUCAAGGACGGGUACUCUUGAAACUUUCUGAAGGCUCUCUCGACAUCACAUCCCUCAAGAUCACACUCAUGGGCUUAGGAAGAGUGAACAUAAAAGGAAAGAAGGAUGAAUCGCUACAGAAGAGUAUAGUCUAUAUGAAAAAAGAAUGGUCAAUCAUCACUUCACCGACGACGCUCUAUGAACACGAGAAGCAAUAUGAUUUUGAGGACGCUCUUCCCGAUAAUUUACCAAGCUCUUUCUACUCAACAAAAGGACAUGUACAGUACUCAAUUAUCGCGGUGCUUGAGUACAAAAAUAGCGAUGGUGAACCCUCAUUGCUGAAAGCAGUUCGCGGAAUUACAGUGAUUGAAGAUGUGGAUCUGAACAAGCUCUCAAAAACCUUCUUCGAACCGAUAUCCGAGUUCGAACAACGAAAAUUCGGAUGGUUUUCCUGUUUUGGUGGACAAAUUCGUCUUACAGUGAAUAUCGAUCGAACAGCAUUCGUUUGCGGUGAGGGAAUGACAGUCGUCGGAAGAAUCGAGAACAAAAGCGAGAAACAUGUGGAAAAGGUUAGCGCGACAUUUUUACGAAUUGUACGAUUUGGUGUGGAUAUAGAAGAAAGCAGUGAGACCACCUUAAUCGAUACUCAAGAAAUGCAGGAGGAUAUUCUAGCAAUGUCCGUCGAGCAAGGUGCCAUUAUCAAAAUUGACAAGAAAAUUCACAUUCCUCCAGUUGUUCCCAGUACCCCAACGCCCUCGUCUCAACACCCAGACCUCCAUCGUGGAGAUGGUGGAAGAUUCAACCUCAGAAGAAAAUCGCAUAUUUUCGCAGCUCGUCUCUCGAUCAGUAGCCAGCGUUCCCGGACUUCGCUCUCAUCACCGCUAAUCCAGAGACUUAUGCUCAUCUCAUAUAAGUAUUGCAUAAGAGUCAAAUGUGGAGGUGUGGAUAUAAUUACAAUCAAUGUGCCGGUCAUUAUCGGUUCAAGACCUCUAGCUGACACACUCAAUAAGGAUCUCUCAGUGCCCAGGGACACGAAUUGUACUGCCGUGUACAAACUGUGCAAACACGAUCGAGCGAUUCCAUUACUGGAUAGUAAGGAACGAACGUUGUGCAAUAAAGCUCAGCUUCAACACUUCAACAAGUACCCGGUCUUCUCAGAACUGAGCACGUCAUCGAAGCAAAGCAGAAAACUCGGAGUGAUUGCGAAAGCGAUUCGAACAGAAAACAAAGUGAUGAACACGAUGAUGCAAACGUCCGCAGCAAGCUGCAGCCACGCUGUAACCGACUGCGAUUCCUCCGAUUUUAUUGACACUGACAGAGAAUCGACGUCAGCAAAGCUUACCGAAGAAGCGUCGACUUUCACUAAAUUAGAUCCACUUUUUCCGCAAGCAUUUCGUCGCACUCCUCAAAGCUCCGUAGAUUCACCUCUUCCAAAAGUUCUCAACGUCAAAGACCUCGUCUAGAGUUUGCUGUAAACAUGUCAUUAAAGUACUUUGCUAGAUAAAGU